ACGAUGCAGAACGCAGGCAAAGUUUUAAAGAGGGCUCUCUGGACCGCCCAUGCAGAAGACCGUCUUGUCACCGGCGUCUACGAAUCUGCAAAAAUAAUGAACGCAGACCCUGACAGCGUGGCUUUCUGCGUGCUGGCGACCGAUGAGGAGUUUGAGUGCGACAUCGCCCUGCAGAUCCACUUCACCCUGAUCCAGGCGUUCUGCUUCGAUAACGACAUCAGCAUCGCCAGAGUGAACGACAUGCAGCGGCUCUCUAACAUUGUGGGCGACAAGUCCGUGGAACUCGAGGAUGCGCACUGCGUUCUUAUCACGAAUCCUGUAGAAGGUUCGUGGCAGGACCCUGCUCUGGAGAAACUGCUCCUGUUCUGUGAGGAAAGUCGCAGUCUGAACGAGUGGGUGCCGGAGAUCACUCUCCCCGGGCGCUGAACCAUGACUCUCUCUACUGAGAUUCUGUACGCCUGAAGGAGUAUACGUCCUACGAAACAUGGACGGAAGAAACUCCAGACAUCCCUGGAUGUUCCUGAUCGAGGAUCUCGUCCCAGGAAGCGCGGUGGCAGCAGCGAGGAUUCCCCUGCAGUCACCCGGUGGUCGGCUUGUGCCAGGAUGACCCAUCCUUUGUGCGGAUGCGGUUUGGCGCGAAGGAGACGAACUUUUCUCUGGCGCUCCGAGGGGAAAUGUUGCGCUGAAGAAUGUCGUUUUAGGAGGCAUGUACGCCUUGCCGAGGACACACUGAGCCGAUGAGCUUUUCUCUCUCAAGGAGACGUGACACACCGUUCUUCUGUUUUGACAAGACUGUCAUGAAGCAUUAGCACGGCUGGGGAGAAGCAUGCGCCAGUUUCAAGUCCACUGACUUAUGCGGACAAGUGUCCCAUAUC